GCCGCUACCGCAGGCAGGGGGCGGCAACAUGGCGGAGUGAGCGGCGGCGUCGGGGUUUCACAACAACAGUGGCGUCCGGAGCGGCGGCAGCGGCGGCAGCAGUAGCGUCGGCCACAGCCCCAGCUUCAGCACCGGCUAGCGCCGUGGCCGGCCGCUCGCGCCCCAUCGUUCUUCCGAGCGGCGGCAGCAUCUCCGUGGGGGGCGGGCCGGGCCGGACGGACCAGGAGGGGGAGAGAGAGGAGGCAGCGGCGGCAGCGGCACAGCUGCUGGGCGGGUACUGCCGCUCGCCAGGCAGCGGUUAGCGGCGCCGCCACCGCCACCGCUGGGAACGAGCCCGAGGACCUCCCGCCGCCUCCGCCGGGAAGGGCGCCGGAGCGGGCCGGGCUGAGGCGCAGGCGGGGACGGGCCCGGCGCCGCGGCGCUGGUGGAUGCUGGGGCUCCGAGGCGACAGCCGGGGGGCGGGGGCCGAGGCAGGUAUAACGGUACCGGCGGAGGCAGCACCGCUGCUCUUCCCUGCUCCUCAGGAGGGGCGCCAAUGGCGAGCGAGAAGCCGGGCCCGGGCCCGGGGCUCGAGCCUCAGCCCGUGGGGCUCAUCGCCGUCGGGGCCGGCGGCGGCAGCGGCGGCGGGGGCAGCAGUAGCAUCGGCGGCGGCGGCGGCUGCGGGGCCAGUGGGAUGGGGGAGUUGAGGGGGGCGUCCGGCUCCGGCUCGGUGGUGCUCCCCGCGGGGAUGAUUAACCCUUCGGUGCCGAUCCGCAACAUCCGGAUGAAAUUCGCAGUGUUGAUUGGACUCAUACAGGUCGGAGAGGUCAGCAACAGGGACAUCGUGGAGACGGUGCUCAACCUGCUGGUUGGUGGAGAAUUUGACUUGGAGAUGAAUUUUAUUAUCCAAGAUGCUGAGAGUAUAACAUGCAUGACCGAACUUUUGGAGCACUGUGAUGUAACAUGUCAAGCAGAAAUAUGGAGCAUGUUUACAGCGAUUCUACGAAAAAGUGUUCGAAAUUUACAGACUAGCACAGAAGUUGGGCUAAUUGAACAAGUAUUGCUGAAAAUGAGUGCUGUAGAUGACAUGAUAGCAGAUCUUCUAGUUGAUAUGUUGGGGGUUCUUGCCAGCUACAGCAUCACUGUCAAGGAGUUGAAGCUUCUGUUCAGCAUGCUUCGAGGAGAAAGUGGAAUCUGGCCAAGACAUGCAGUAAAACUAUUGUCAGUUCUUAAUCAGAUGCCACAAAGACAUGGUCCUGAUACUUUUUUCAAUUUCCCUGGAUGUAGUGCUGCGGCAAUUGCUUUGCCUCCUAUUGCGAAGUGGCCUUAUCAGAAUGGCUUCACCCUAAACACUUGGUUUCGUAUGGAUCCAUUAAAUAACAUUAAUGUUGAUAAGGAUAAACCUUAUCUUUAUUGUUUCCGUACUAGCAAAGGAGUUGGUUACUCUGCUCAUUUUGUUGGCAACUGUUUAAUAGUCACAUCACUGAAAUCCAAAGGAAAAGGUUUUCAGCACUGUGUGAAAUAUGAUUUUCAGCCACGCAAGUGGUACAUGAUCAGCAUCGUCCAUAUUUACAAUCGAUGGAGGAACAGUGAAAUUCGGUGUUAUGUUAAUGGACAGCUGGUAUCCUACGGUGAUAUGGCUUGGCAUGUUAACACAAAUGAUAGCUAUGACAAGUGCUUUCUUGGAUCUUCAGAAACUGCUGAUGCAAAUAGGGUCUUUUGUGGUCAACUUGGUGCGGUUUAUGUGUUCAGUGAAGCACUUAAUCCAGCACAGAUAUUUGCAAUUCAUCAGUUAGGACCUGGAUAUAAGAGUACCUUCAAAUUUAAAUCUGAGAGUGAUAUUCAUUUGGCAGAACAUCAUAAACAGGUUUUAUAUGAUGGAAAACUUGCAAGUAGCAUUGCAUUUACAUAUAAUGCUAAGGCCACUGAUGCGCAACUAUGCCUGGAAUCAUCACCAAAGGAAAAUGCUUCAAUUUUUGUUCAUUCCCCACAUGCUCUAAUGCUCCAGGAUGUGAAAGCUAUAGUAACACAUUCAAUUCAUAGUGCCAUUCAUUCAAUUGGAGGGAUUCAAGUCCUUUUUCCACUUUUUGCCCAAUUGGACAAUCGGCAGCUCAAUGACAGUCAAGUGGAAACAACUGUCUGUGCUACUCUUUUGGCAUUCCUGGUUGAACUACUUAAAAGCUCAGUAGCCAUGCAAGAACAGAUGCUGGGUGGAAAAGGCUUUUUAGUCAUUGGCUACUUACUUGAAAAGUCAUCAAGAGUUCAUAUAACUAGAGCUGUGUUGGAGCAAUUUUUAUCCUUUGCAAAAUACCUAGAUGGUUUAUCUCAUGGAGCACCUUUGCUGAAACAGCUUUGUGAUCACAUUUUAUUCAACCCAGCUAUCUGGAUCCAUACACCUGCAAAAGUUCAACUUUCCCUCUAUACAUAUUUGUCUGCUGAAUUUAUUGGAACUGCUACCAUCUACACCACCAUACGCAGAGUAGGGACAGUGUUACAACUAAUGCACACUUUAAAAUACUACUAUUGGGUUAUUAAUCCUGCUGACAGUAGUGGCAUUACACCUAAAGGAUUGGAUGGUCCCCGGCCAUCCCAAAAAGAAAUAAUAUCACUAAGGGCAUUCAUGCUACUUUUUCUGAAACAACUCAUUCUAAAGGAUCGAGGGGUCAAAGAAGAUGAGCUUCAGAGUAUACUAAAUUACCUACUUACAAUGCAUGAGGAUGAAAAUAUUCAUGAUGUGCUACAGUUACUGGUGGCUUUAAUGUCAGAACACCCGGCCUCAAUGAUACCAGCAUUUGAUCAAAGAAAUGGAAUAAGGGUGAUCUACAAAUUACUGGCUUCUAAAAGUGAAAGUAUUUGGGUUCAAGCUCUGAAGGUCCUGGGAUACUUCCUGAAGCAUUUAGGUCACAAGAGGAAAGUUGAAAUUAUGCACACCCAUAGUCUUUUCACUCUUCUUGGAGAACGGCUGAUGUUGCAUACAAACACAGUGACGGUUACAACAUACAAUACACUAUAUGAGAUUUUGACAGAGCAAGUAUGUACUCAAGUUGUUCACAAACCACAUCCAGAGCCAGAUUCUACAGUGAAAAUUCAGAAUCCAAUGAUUCUUAAGGUGGUGGCAACUUUGCUAAAGAAUUCUACACCAAGUGCAGAACUGAUGGAAGUUCGUCGUUUAUUUUUAUCUGACAUGAUAAAACUUUUCAGUAACAGUCGUGAAAAUAGAAGAUGUUUAUUGCAGUGUUCAGUGUGGCAGGACUGGAUGUUUUCUCUUGGCUACAUUAAUCCUAAAAAUUCUGAGGAGCAGAAAAUAACAGAGAUGGUCUAUAAUAUCUUCCGGAUUCUUUUGUAUCAUGCAAUAAAAUAUGAGUGGGGAGGCUGGAGAGUCUGGGUGGAUACACUCUCAAUCGCCCAUUCUAAGGUCACUUAUGAAGCACAUAAGGAAUAUCUAGCCAAAAUGUAUGAAGAAUAUCAAAGACAAGAGGAAGAAAACAUUAAAAAGGGAAAGAAAGGCAAUGUGAGCACUAUCUCUGGUCUUUCAUCACAGACUACAGGAGCAAAAGGUGGAAUGGAAAUUCGAGAGAUAGAAGAUCUUUCACAAAGCCAGAGCCCUGAGAGUGAGACAGAUUACCCUGUCAGCUCAGAUACUCGAGAUUUACUCAUGUCAACAAAAGUGUCAGAUGAUAUUCUUGGAAAUUCAGAUAGACCAGGAAGUGGUGUUCACGUGGAAGUACAUGAUCUUUUAGUUGACAUUAAAGCAGAAAAAGUGGAAGCAACAGAAGUAAAACUUGAUGAUAUGGAUUUAUCCCCAGAAACUUUAGUAAGUGGAGAGAAUGGUGCCCUUGUGGAAGUAGAAUCUUUAUUGGAUAAUGUAUAUAGUGCAGCUGUUGAAAAACUCCAGAACAAUGUACAUGGAAGUGUUGGUCUCAUUAAAAAAAAUGAAGAAAAGGAUAAUGGUCCAUUGAUCACAUUAGCAGAUGAGAAAGAAGAACUUCCUAAUAGCAGUACAUCAUUUCUCUUUGAUAAAAUACCCAAACAGGAAGAUAAACUGCUUCCUGAACUUUCUAGCAAUCAUAUUAUUCCAAAUAUUCAGGACACACAAGUACAUCUUGGUGUCAGUGAUGAUCUUGGAUUGCUUGCUCACAUGACUGGUACUGUAGAUCUGACUUGUACAUCAAGUAUAAUAGAAGAAAAAGAGUUCAAAAUUCAUACAACUUCAGAUGGAAUGAGCAAUAUUUCUGAAAGAGACUUAGCAUCAUCAACUAAGGGAUUAGAAUAUGCUGAAAUGACUGCUACAACUCUGGAAACUGAGUCUUCUGGUAGCAAAAUUGUACCAAAUAUUGAUGCAGGAAGUAUAAUUUCAGAUACUGAGAGAUCUGAUGAUGGCAAAGAAUCAGGAAAGGAAAUCCGAAAAAUCCAGACCACUACAACUACACAAGCUGUUCAGGGUCGCUCUGUCACCCAACAAGACCGAGAUCUCCGAGUUGAUUUAGGAUUUCGAGGAAUGCCAAUGACUGAGGAGCAGAGACGCCAGUUCAGCCCAGGCCCCCGGACUACAAUGUUUCGGAUUCCUGAGUUUAAAUGGUCUCCAAUGCACCAGCGGCUUCUCACUGAUUUGCUAUUUGCGUUAGAAACAGAUGUACAUGUUUGGAGGAGCCACUCCACAAAGUCAGUAAUGGAUUUUGUGAAUAGCAAUGAAAAUAUUAUUUUUGUACAUAACACAAUUCACCUAAUUUCCCAAAUGGUGGACAAUAUCAUCAUUGCUUGUGGAGGAAUUUUACCUUUGCUCUCUGCUGCUACAUCACCAACUAUUUAUUUAAAUCAAAAGGCAGAGUUACAGAGAGGAAGAGGCAAAGAGAGAGAAAGAGAGAGAGACAGAGACACGAUGAUGAUGAGAGAGAAGUCUUCCAAUGGCUGGAUCUGGGCCAAUCUGAAGCCAGGAGCCAGGAGCUUCUUCUGGGUAUCCAAAACGGAAUUGGAAAAUAUUGAAGUCACACAAGGCAUGUCAGCUGAGACAGCAGUUACUUUCCUCAGCCGACUGAUGGCUAUGGUUGAUGUCCUUGUGUUUGCCAGCUCUCUAAAUUUUAGUGAGAUUGAAGCUGAAAAAAACAUGUCUUCUGGAGGUUUAAUGCGACAGUGCCUAAGACUAGUAUGUUGUGUUGCUGUGAGAAACUGUUUAGAAUGUCGACAACGACAGAGGGACAGGGGAAACAAACCUUCCCAUGGAAGCAGUAAACCUCAAGAAGUCCCCCAAAGUGUGACUGCCACAGCAGCUUCAAAGACUCCACUGGAAAAUGUUCCAGGUAACCUUUCUCCUAUAAAGGAUCCAGAUAGACUUCUUCAGGAUGUAGAUAUCAAUCGCCUUCGUGCUGUUGUCUUUCGGGACGUGGAUGACAGCAAACAGGCACAAUUCUUAGCUUUGGCUGUUGUUUACUUCAUUUCGGUUCUGAUGGUUUCCAAGUACCGUGACAUAUUAGAACCCCAGCGAGAGACUGCAAGAACUGGAAGCCAACCAGGUAGAAACAUCAGACAAGAAAUAAAUUCACCAACAAGUACAGUUGUGGUCAUACCAUCUAUCCCUCACCCAAGUUUGAACCAUGGAUUCCUUGCCAAGUUAAUUCCUGAGCAGAGUUUUGCCCACUCAUUUUACAAAGAAACACCAGCUGCAUUUCCUGACACUAUAAAGGAAAAGGAAGCACCAACUCCUGGUGAAGAUAUUCAGCUAGAAAGUUCAAUUCCUCAUACAGAUUCAGGGAUUGGAGAAGAGCAGGUGGCUAGCAUCCUGAAUGGGGCAGAAUUAGAGCCUAGUGCAGGUCCUGAUGCCAUGAGUGAACUCUUAUCCACUUUGUCAUCUGAAGUAAAGAAAUCACAGGAGAGCUUAACUGAAAAUCCCAAUGAAUUAUUGAAGCCUGCACCAUCCAUAUCUAGCAUAAGUCAAACCAAAGGCAUCAAUGUCAAAGAAAUAUUGAAAAGUCUUGUGGCUGCCCCAGUGGAAAUUGCAGAAUGUGGCCCUGAACCUAUCCCAUACCCAGAUCCAGCAUUGAAGAGAGAAGCGCAAGCUAUUCUUCCUAUGCAGUUUCAUUCCUUUGACAGGAGUGUUGUGGUGCCAGUAAAGAAGCCACCUCCAGGUAGUUUAGCUGUAACCACUGUGGGAGCCACCUCUGCGGGAAGUGGGCUGCCAACAGGCAGUGCCUCUAAUAUAUUUGCUGCCACGGGAGCUACACCAAAAAGUAUGAUUAAUACAACAGGUGCCGUGGAUUCAGGGUCUUCCUCCUCCUCCUCCUCUUCUAGUUUUGUGAAUGGUGCUACCAGCAAAAAUCUUCCAGCUGUACAAACUGUUGCUCCAAUGCCAGAAGAUUCAGCUGAAAACAUGAGCAUCACUGCAAAACUUGAAAGAGCUUUAGAAAAAGUUGCUCCUCUUCUUCGUGAAAUUUUUGUAGACUUUGCCCCAUUCCUAUCUCGUACACUUCUUGGCAGUCAUGGACAAGAGCUAUUGAUAGAAGGCCUCGUUUGUAUGAAGUCUAGCACAUCGGUGGUGGAGCUUGUUAUGCUGCUUUGUUCUCAGGAAUGGCAAAAUUCUAUUCAGAAGAAUGCAGGACUUGCAUUUAUUGAGCUCAUCAAUGAAGGAAGAUUACUGUGUCAUGCUAUGAAGGAUCAUAUAGUUCGUGUGGCAAAUGAAGCUGAGUUUAUUUUGAACAGACAAAGAGCUGAAGAUGUACAUAAACAUGCAGAGUUUGAGUCGCAGUGUGCCCAGUAUGCUGCUGAUAGGAGAGAGGAGGAAAAGAUGUGUGACCAUCUCAUCAGUGCUGCUAAACACCGAGAUCAUGUAACAGCAAAUCAGCUGAAACAGAAGAUUCUCAACAUUCUCACAAAUAAACACGGUGCUUGGGGAGCAGUUUCUCAUAGCCAAUUGCAUGAUUUCUGGCGUUUGGAUUACUGGGAAGAUGAUCUUCGUCGAAGGAGACGAUUUGUUCGUAAUGCAUUUGGCUCCACUCACGCUGAAGCAUUGCUCAAAGCUGCAAUAGAAUAUGGCACUGAAGAAGAUGUAGUGAAGUCAAAGAAAACAUUCAGAAGUCAAGCGAUCGUGAACCAGAAUGCAGAGACAGAACUUAUGCUGGAAGGAGAUGACGAUGCUGUCAGCCUGCUACAGGAGAAAGAAAUUGACAAUCUGGCAGUUCCCUUUCUUCCCAAGCUGUUCAUCUCAAGAGGCCCAGUGGUUCUCAGCACCCCGGCUCAGCUCAUCGCGCCAGUGGUGGUGGCCAAGGGGACCCUCUCCAUCACCACGACAGAAAUCUACUUCGAGGUAGAUGAGGAUGAUCCUGCCUUCAAGAAGAUCGACACCAAAGUUCUUGCAUACACUGAGGGACUUCAUGGAAAAUGGAUGUUCAGCGAGAUACGAGCUGUAUUUUCAAGACGUUACCUUCUACAAAACACUGCUUUGGAAGUGUUUAUGGCAAACCGAACCUCGGUUAUGUUUAAUUUCCCUGAUCAAGCAACAGUGAAAAAAGUUGUCUAUAGCUUGCCUCGGGUUGGAGUGGGGACCAGCUAUGGUUUGCCACAAGCCAGGAGGAUAUCAUUGGCCACUCCUCGACAGCUUUAUAAAUCUUCCAACAUGACUCAGCGCUGGCAAAGAAGGGAAAUUUCGAACUUCGAAUAUUUGAUGUUUCUUAAUACUAUAGCAGGACGGACAUAUAAUGAUCUGAACCAAUAUCCUGUGUUUCCGUGGGUGUUAACAAAUUAUGAAUCAGAAGAAUUGGACCUGACUCUUCCAGGAAAUUUCAGGGAUCUCUCAAAGCCAAUUGGUGCUUUGAACCCAAAGAGAGCUGUGUUUUAUGCAGAGCGUUAUGAGACAUGGGAAGAUGACCAAAGUCCACCCUACCAUUACAAUACACAUUAUUCAACAGCAACAUCUACUUUAUCCUGGCUUGUUCGAAUUGAACCUUUCACAACCUUCUUCCUCAAUGCAAAUGAUGGGAAAUUUGACCAUCCAGAUCGAACCUUCUCUUCGGUGGCAAGGUCUUGGAGAAUUAGUCAGAGAGAUACUUCUGAUGUAAAGGAGCUAAUUCCUGAGUUCUACUACUUGCCAGAAAUGUUUGUCAACAGCAAUGGAUAUAAUCUUGGAGUCAGAGAAGAUGAAGUGGUAGUAAAUGAUGUUGACCUUCCCCCUUGGGCAAAAAAACCUGAAGACUUUGUACGGAUCAACAGGAUGGCCCUGGAAAGUGAAUUUGUUUCAUGCCAACUGCAUCAAUGGAUCGACCUUAUAUUUGGCUAUAAACAGCGAGGACCAGAAGCAGUGCGUGCUCUGAAUGUUUUUCACUACCUGACCUAUGAAGGCUCUGUGAACCUGGAUAGCAUCACGGAUCCUGUGCUCAGGGAGAUUCCAGAAGCUUAUUUCAUUAGAGAUCCCCAUACAUUCCUUCUUACAAAGGACUUUAUUAAGGCCAUGGAGGCACAGAUACAGAACUUUGGACAGACGCCAUCUCAGUUGCUUAUUGAGCCACAUCCGCCUCGGAGCUCUGCCAUGCACCUGUGUUUCCUUCCACAGAGUCCACUCAUGUUUAAAGAUCAGAUGCAACAGGAUGUGAUAAUGGUGCUGAAGUUUCCAUCAAAUUCUCCAGUCACCCAUGUGGCUGCCAACACCCUACCCCACCUGACCAUCCCUGCGGUGGUGACGGUGACCUGCAGCCGACUGUUCGCAGUGAAUAGAUGGCACAACACAGUAGGCCUCAGAGGAGCUCCAGGAUACUCACUGGAUCAAGCCCAUCAUCUUCCCAUUGAAAUGGAUCCAUUAAUUGCCAAUAACUCUGGUGUGAACAAACGGCAAAUCACAGACCUUGUGGACCAGAGUAUACAAAUCAAUGCACACUGUUUUGUGGUCACAGCAGAUAAUCGUUAUAUUCUUAUCUGUGGAUUCUGGGACAAGAGCUUCAGAGUGUACUCUACAGAAACAGGGAAAUUGACUCAGAUUGUAUUUGGCCACUGGGACGUGGUCACCUGCUUGGCCAGGUCUGAGUCAUACAUCGGUGGGGACUGCUACAUUGUGUCUGGAUCCCGAGAUGCCACGCUGCUUCUCUGGUACUGGAGUGGCCGGCACCACAUCAUAGGAGACAACCCUAAUAGCAGUGACUACCCGGCGCCCAGGGCUGUGCUCACAGGUCAUGACCAUGAAGUCGUCUGUGUUUCUGUCUGUGCAGAACUUGGACUCGUUAUCAGUGGUGCUAAAGAGGGCCCUUGCCUUGUCCACACCAUCACUGGAGAUUUGCUGAGAGCCCUUGAAGGACCAGAAAACUGCUUGUUCCCGCGCUUGAUUUCUGUCUCCAGUGAAGGCCACUGUAUCAUAUACUACGAACGAGGGCGGUUCAGCAAUUUCAGCAUUAACGGGAAACUUUUGGCUCAGAUGGAGAUCAAUGAUUCCACACGGGCCAUUCUCCUGAGCAGCGAUGGCCAGAACCUGGUGACCGGAGGGGACAAUGGUGUGGUGGAGGUCUGGCAGGCAUGCGACUUCAAGCAGCUGUACAUUUACCCUGGAUGUGAUGCUGGCAUUAGAGCGAUGGACUUAUCCCAUGACCAGAGAACUCUCAUUACUGGCAUGGCUUCUGGUAGCAUUGUAGCUUUUAAUAUAGAUUUUAAUCGGUGGCACUAUGAGCAUCAGAACAGAUACUGAAGACCAGUGAAGACCCCAAAGCAAAGCUGAGAGCACAAGUGCUGCGUGGAAGGCAAUAUCUGGUGGAGCAACUCGCCUACAUCGACCUCUGUUGUACAUUCCAUCACACCCAGCAAUAGCUGUACAUUGUAGUCAGCAACCAUUUUACUUUGUGUGUUUUUUCAGGACUGAACACCAGCUGCUGUCAAGCAAGCUUCUAUCAUGUAAAUUAUAUGAAUUAGGAGAUGUUUUGGUAAUUAUUUCAUAUAUUGUUGUUUAUUGAGAAAAGGUUGUAGGACGCGUCACAAGAGACUUUUGACAAUUCUGAGGAACCUUGUGUCCAGUUGUUAUAAAGGUGAAGCUUUGAACCUAACCUGCAUCCCAUUUCCAGCCUCUUUUCAAGCUGAGAAAAAAAAAAAAAACACGUUUGAUACUUUGUACAUCAGAUGCAUCUUAUUUAAAGGGAUACUUUUGUAAAAGUAAAACCUUGUAUAAAGAACAAAACGUUUCUUAAUUUUAUUGUGGAGUUACAACUUGCAUGUUCUUUACUCCUGAUGUCUUGAUGGAACAGGUGCAUUCACACUAUGACACCGAAAGAUCUGUCCAAGGACACAGCUUGUAUGAAAGGGUUGAAUUUGGGCUCAAUCAGUAAUUUUUGACAUUUUCACCAAAAUAUAAUUUGUACUUUUUAAUCUAAAUUCAUCCCUUCUAAGUGAAAUUUGCUCAUAAAGCAUUUGGAUACUAAGCCAUUAUUUGCCAUUUUUGGUACUUUAUACAAAGAAAAUUCAGCCCUACCCUUUAUAAUUUGAAGACACAGCAGAAAGGGGGCUUAGGGAUGAGGUCCUGGGCUUUAUUGUAUAAAUAGAAGUCAUGACCAUUAGUUCCAUAGUAAGGACUUCCCAACACCUGGACAUCUCUUCCAGAGUCAUCCCACAGGCUUAGUGUGUGUGCAUUAGGGGAGGAGAAUCUGAUGCUGACUUUUUGUUUUCCUCUUUAGUUCUUGAAUAGCUUAGUUUCUUUAACAAGUCGGACUUUAUUACAACAAUAACUGAGAUUAUUCUUUUAGGUUCUUGUGAAAUUCUCACCUAAAGCCACAUUCUUGGCCUAAGGCACUUCAUCUUUUAUGAUAUAAAAUGAUGGCUGUCAAAUGAUUUUCCAUACAUUGUACUAAUCAAGUUAUACACCCAGGGGUAUAUACACUUUAUUCAUGUUUCUUCUUUGUAUAUUUGGUGACUGUAUCGUCAUAGAUGUACAUAUUGUGUCGGUAGGGCUAUGAGGCAUGUUACAGGAAUGUAAUUUUCUCAGAAUUUACACUCACUUGCAGUCAUUUAUUUAAAAAGAUAAAACAAGAUCAUGGGUUCUUUGUAUUGGCACUUUGCACCAGAAACAUAUCAUUAUUUAUUGAUGUGAUUACUUAUUUGUUAUCCACCUUGUACUAGUAAGUUUUAGCACCGAAUUCCUUCUUCAUUGUUGUUUGUAUUUAUGAAAUUCUGAAAUUAUGGGGAAUCAGCGUAAUGAUUAAGUUAUUCAUCACCAGGCUGUAAGCAAUAUCUUGAGUUUGUAGCUUAGAAUUGGGAGGAUACUGAACAUCUGGAAGACAAGUUCAUUUCAUCUUGAGAUCAUGGUGAAAUAUUUUGGAUAUAUAAAUUCCUUAAGCUAUUGUAACCAUGUUUUAUUGCAAAGAUGUAAAAUAUGCCAGAUGUGUGUGAGUUGGAAAUCAAAAAAAGAAAAAUAAAAUAUGCAAAGAAUUCA